UUCUUUCCUUUCCGAAUUCCUCAAUGACUGGUUCCUUUUUUCUUUCCUUUCCUUUCUCCAGUCCCUCGGGCAAGAAACAAGUAUCAACAUCUCCGACAGCAGAAGCAGCAAUUCAAGAAACCCAUGUUCUUCAAUCAAGCCCUGCAUGAGCAAUUAGCCCUAAAUUAUUAUUAUUUUCUUUUAUUGGUUAAACUAACGCAAGAUUCAAAUAAUUACAAGCCCCUGUGUAAUUCAUUCUUGGUAACUUGCAAUUUCUUUUUGAUUUUCUCAGUUAAAAAUCAUGAGGAAAUUGGAAUUGAAGAAAAAAAAACGACGAAGAUGAUAACCAGAGAAAAUACGAUGUCGUUUCAACUGCUCUGUCCCCUCUCGUAGACACGUGUCGAGCCCACAGAAUACGACAUGUCGUUCGUUAUUUUAGUCAAUCUGGGAGGGGUGCUGUGAUUUAGAAUAUGGGCACUUACGAGUCAGGUAGUGCUUCCCAGGAUUGCCGCGAUGAAGAUGAUGAGGAGGAGUAUGAGGAGGGUGGUGGGGGUAGCAGGUUAUUGGGAUUUAUGUUUGGGAAUGUCGACAAUUCUGGUGAUCUUGAUGUUGAUUACCUUGAUGAGGAUGCAAAGGAGCAUCUUGCUGCACUGGCUGACAAGUUGGGUUCAUCAUUGACAGAUAUAGAUUUGUCAGUGAAAUCACCCCAAAUAACAGCUGAUGCCGCAGAACAAGAUUAUGAUGAGAAGGCUGAGAAUGCAGUUGAUUAUGAAGAUUUUGAUGAGCAAUAUGAGGGACCAGAGAUUCAAGCUGCUAGCGAGGAGGACUACUUGUUGCCGAAAAAGGAGUAUUUUUCUUCUGAAGUUUCUCUCUCCACAUUGAAGCCUACAACUUCUGUCUUUGACGAUGAAAAUUACGAUGAGGAAGAAGAAGAAAAAGGAGGAGGAGAAGGAGAAGAAGAAGAAGAAGAAGAAGAAGAAGAAGAAGAAGCAGAAGAAGAAGAAGAAGAAGAAAAAGAAGCUGAAAAGGAGCAUAUAGCUGUGGAUGAAAAACUAGAAGACCAAUGUAUUUCUUUAUCAGGUGAGCAGGAAAUUGAUGUAAUUAGAGGAGAAUCAUCUCCACAAGAUGGCACACUACUUAACUCCCCGGAUACUGAAAAUCUUGACUCUGAUUUAGAAGACUUUGAUGAGGAGAAAACAGAUGCUAUUGAGGAGCCUCCAGAUGGUAAAAGUUCUGCCCCACUACCUGUUUUGUGCGUAGAAGAUGGUCUGGUGAUCUUACGGUUCUCUGAAAUAUUUGGUAUUCAUGAGCCCUUAAAGAAAGGGGAAAAAAGAGAUCGUAGAUACUCCAUUUUCAAAGAAAGGUAUAAGUCUAUGGAUGUUUCAGAUUUUGUUGAAGACGAUGAGGAGGCAUUUUUGAAGGGCUCUAGUCAAGUGUUUCAGUUGCACUCACAUGUGAAUCAAUAUGAGAUUGCAGCAUCUAAUGAUGGAGGAUCAGAAUCAGGAAAAUUUGGUGUUAUGCAAAGAUCUGCUCAGAAUGAGGAACAAAGGAGUUCUUGUGUCAGUGGAGAACCAAUGAACAAGGACUUAUCAAUAAAUAUUGGCACAGGAUGGCAGUCACCACUGUUCUACCCUCUUGAUCAGCAAGAUUGGGAAAAUAGAAUUUGCUGGGACAAUUCUCCUGCUGUUAGUGAGAAUUCUGUAGAGAGUUGUGGAUUGUCUGGACCUGAUUUGGCAGAUUCUUAUACUAAAGAAAUGGAACUAGGUAGUCAGCCACAAAAUAUUCAGUCGUACCUCCCUGUGCAGCCAGAUGAGAAAGAUCAUAAUUGUUUCCUGCAUAGCUCUCCUAUUCUUGUGGAGUCAUUUGGCUCUUUAGAUUCUUCAGGACCUUCAGACUUUCCAUUAUCGGUUACUUUCCAUCCGCAGCUUCUGAGGUUAGAGUCUCAUAUGGAAGCAGAGAAGCAUUAUCAUGCUGAUGAUAGAAGAGAAAAUAAUGCGGUUGAGGUUUUCCAAAAUGAUGCUUUCAGGCGUUUCAGCAAACUCACAUUGCAAAAUAAAGACAUGAUGGACGGAUCUUGGUUAGAUAAUAUAAUAUGGGAACCCAAUAAAACUAACAUGAAGCCUAAGCUAAUUCUUGAUCUUCAGGAUGAGCAGAUGCUUUUUGAAGUUCUGGAUAACAAGGAUAGUAAACAUCUUCAGCUUCAUGCAGGGGCAAUGAUUAUGACCAGAUCCUUAAAGCCCAGGGUUUCACCUGAGUUAUCUGGUCAUGGAUAUGAGUCAGGUUGGCAAUUCAAUAUUGCCAACGACAAGUUCUAUAUGAACAGGAAAAUUUCUCAGCAGUUGCAAUCAAGUUCUACCAAACGGAGUGCUUAUGGUAACAGAGUUCAUCAUUCAGCACCUGCAAUAAAGCUGCAGACUAUGAAAUUGAAGUUGAGCAACAAAGAUUUAGGUAACUUUCAUCGACCAAAAGCUUUAUGGUAUCCCCAUGACAAUGAGGUGGCUGUCAAAGAACAAAAGAAACUACCUACUCAAGGACCAAUGAAAAUUAUAUUAAAGAGCUUGGGAGGUAAAGGAAGUAAAUUGCAUGUGGAUGCUGAAGAAACCAUCUCUUCUGUUAAAGCGAAGGCUUCAAAAAAGCUAGAUUUCAAGCCUUUGGAAAUGGUGAAAAUCUUUUACUUGGGGAAGGAGCUUGAAGAUCAUAAAUCUCUUGCUGCCCAAAAUGUCCAGCCAAACUCCCUGCUUCAUCUUGUUCGUACAAAAAUUCAUUUGUUGCCAAGGGCACAAAGAAUUCCGGGUGAGAACAAGUCUUUGCGUCCUCCUGGUGCAUUUAAGAAGAAGUCAGACCUUUCCGUAAAAGAUGGUCACAUCUUUCUUAUGGAGUAUUGUGAGGAGAGACCUUUAUUAUUGAGCAAUAUUGGCAUGGGUGCAAACCUGUGCACUUACUAUCAGAAGUCAAGCCCUAGUGAUCAAACUGGUGUCUCGUUGCGCAGUGGAAACAACAGCUUGGGGAAUGUUGUGGUACUAGAGCCUACUGAUAAAUCUCCUUUUCUUGGAGACAUAAAAGCUGGUUGCAGCCAGUCGUCACUUGAAACAAAUAUGUAUAAAGCCCCAAUUUUUUCUCACAAGGUUGCAUCCACCGAUUACUUGUUAGUUCGCUCUGCAAAGGGAAAGCUUUCUAUUAGACGCAUUGACCGGAUUGCUGUGGUCGGGCAACAGGAGCCCCUUAUGGAGGUAUUAUCUCCUGCGUCUAAGAAUCUUCAGGCAUAUAUCAUAAAUAGGUUGUUGGUGUAUGUAUACCGUGAGUAUCGAGCUGCUGAAAAGCGUGGUACAAUUCCUUGGAUACGUGCAGAUGAAUUAUCAGCUCUGUUUCCGUAUGUUUCGGAAACAAUUUUGCGGAAGAAGCUGAAAGAAUGUGCUGUGUUGCGGAAGGAUGCAAAUGGACAUCUGUUUUGGUCCAAGAAGCGUGAUUUCAUUAUUCCAUCUGAAGAGGAGUUGAAAAAGAUGGUAUUACCAGAAAAUGUGUGUGCCUAUGAAAGUAUGCAAGCUGGUUUGUAUCGUCUCAAACACUUGGGAAUUACAAGGCUAACACUCCCUACUAGUGUUUCAACUGCAAUGAGUCAGCUCCCUGAUGAAGCAAUAGCUCUGGCUGCUGCAUCACACAUAGAGCGGGAAUUGCAGAUUACUCCAUGGAGCCUUAGCAGCAAUUUUGUAGCUUGUACAAGCCAGGAUAGAGAAAAUAUUGAGCGUCUUGAAAUUACAGGAGUUGGUGAUCCCUCUGGCCGAGGCCUAGGAUUUAGUUACGUCCGUGCUGCUCCAAAGGCUCCAAUGUCAAAUGCAAUGGCGAAAAAAAAAGCAGCUGCUCGAGGAGGUUCCACUGUUACUGGGACAGAUGCUGACCUUCGUAGAUUAAGCAUGGAAGCAGCACGAGAGGUUCUUCUUAAGUUCAAUGUUCCUGAGGAACAGAUUGCGAAGCAGACUAGGUGGCAUCGUAUUGCUAUGAUACGCAAGCUUUCAAGUGAACAAGCAGCAUCAGGAGUGAAGGUUGACCCAACAACUAUCAGUAAGUAUGCACGUGGCCAACGAAUGUCCUUUCUUCAGUUACAGCAGCAGACAAGAGAAAAGUGUCAAGAAAUUUGGGACCGUCAAGUUCAGUCUCUUUCAGCAGUGGAUGGUGAUGAACUUGAGAGCGACUCUGAAGCAAAUAGUGACCUAGAUUCCUUUGCUGGAGAUUUGGAAAACUUGCUUGAUGCAGAGGAAUGCGAGGGGGAUGAGAGUAAUUAUGAGUCCAAGCAGGACAAAGCAGAUGGUGUCAAGGGAAUAAAAAUGAGAAGACAUCCAUCACAAGCUCAGGCAGAAGAAGAAAUUGAAGAUGAAGCAGCUGAGGCAGCAGAAUUAUGCAGAUUGCUCAUGGAUGAUGAUGAGGCUGAGCAGAAGAAGAAAAAGAAGACAAAAACUGCAGGGCUUGUUGCAGGAUUGCUACCUGGCUUAAAAUCAAAUUUUGUUAACAGUACAGAACACAUUAAGCAAAAGGAUAAAGGCCAUCCAAAUGGGUCCUUUGUUCCAAAAGAGAGCAGCAUUAAAGACUCAAAGGAGGUGGAAGCUUUAUUUAUCAAAAAGAAGAAGUCCGAGAAGGUGAAAGCUCUGAAAAAGAAUGGUUUCCAAGAUUCAAGCACUCCACCACUUACGAAAGUAAAAAUAUUGGGUGAAGGACUCAAGAACCAGAUUUUUAAGGAAAAGAAAUCAUCAAGAGAGAAAUUUGUCUGCGGAGCAUGUGGUCAGCUGGGACAUAUGAGAACCAACAAGAAUUGCCCCAAGUAUGGAGAAGAGCCUGAAGCACAGGUUGAAAUUACAGAUUUGGAAAAAUCUUCUGGAAAAUCAAAUUCUCUAGAUCCCUUAUUUAAGUCCCAGCAAAAGCUGCAGAAGAAAAAGUCCAUGUUAAAAACUGCAACCAAAGUCGAAGAUCCAGAAGGUGAGAAAUCUAGUUUGAAGGCAAAGCUUCUACCAGUUAAGUUUGUGUGCAGCUCCACAGAGAAAAAUUCUGAUAAACCUGCUGAUGGAGCUGCACAAAGUUCUGAAAGGCCUAUAACUUCUGAUGUCCGGCCAGACAGUUCUGAAAUGGAAACCGGGAGUAUGCCUGUUGCUAAGAUAAGUAAAAUAAAGAUAUCCAACAAGGCAAAACCUGAAGAUGUGCAAAUGGAUGUGCACAAGCCCGCCAUUGUGAUACGCCCUCCAAUGGAUACAGAUAAAGGCCAAAAUGAAUAUCAUAAGCCAUCCAUUGUUAUUCGCCCACCAGCAAACACAGAGAGAGAUCAUGUUGAAUCUCACAAGCCUUCUAUAGUGAUACGUCCACCUGCUGUGAAGGACAGGGGGCAACCUCACAAAAAAUUAGUUAUCAUAAAGCCCAAAGAGGUCAUUGAUCUUGACCAGGUCAGUCAGGAUGGAAGCACUGGGCUUGAGUACCGGAAAAUUAAAAAAAUUGCCGAGUUAUCAGGUGUGGAUAAGCAAAGGAAGCCUUUGACUUGGCAUUUUCCUGGAGAGUCGGCCAAGAAGAAAGCUAGAGAGGAGAGAAGAUUGUGGGAAGAGGAAGAGAAGAGGAGAAAUACAGAGAAAUUGAGAGAAGAGAGAGCAAGGAGGAGUUAUGGGGAAGAAAACAGAGGGGUUGUAGAACGAGGAGCACUAGCUGAGCUUAGAAGAUAUGAAGAAGCCGUCAGAGAGGAGAGGGAAGAAGAAGAACAGCAGAAAGCCAAGAAGAAGAAAAAGAAGAAGAUAAGGCCCGAAAUUAGUGAUGACUACUUAGAAGACUACAGGGCAAGCAGAAGGAUGCGAGAAAGAGAUCGAGGUGCAAAAAGGCGGUCCAUUGUUGAAUUGAGUAAAUAUGGUACAGAACAUGCCUCUGCAACGAAGCGUCGUAGAGGUGGAGAGGUUGGCUUGGCAAACAUUUUGGAAGGCGUUGUGGAUGCACUCAGAGGCAGGUUGGAGGUCUCUUAUCUUUUUCUAAAACCAGUAACCAAGAAAGAAGCUCCUGACUACUUGGACAUCAUAAAACGUCCUAUGGAUUUAUCAACAAUAAGAGAUAAGGUAAGGAAGAUGGAAUACAAGCACCGAGAGGAGUUUAGACACGAUGUCUGGCAGAUCGCAUACAAUGCCCACUUAUACAACGACAGGCGAAACCCUGGUAUUCCUCCCCUUGCAGAUCAGCUUUUGGAAAUUUGUGACUACUUGCUAGCGGAGCAAAACAGUAGCUUAGCCGAGGCUGAAGAGGGGAUUGAGUCUGCAGGACAUUAACACAUCAACUUUGAAAUUCAUCUCAUUAUUUGUUUUAUAUCCCCAAAAGUUGGAGCAAGUUUUUCUACCUCUUUCCUUGGGGUUGUAAUCCUUUGUAAUGAAAUGAGCUGUGGCUUUUGAGCAUAGUUUAGUUUAUACGGCAAUUAAGCCCUUGUAAAAUAACGAGUUAUAUCCUUCUAAUUUUUUUUGUAUAUAGUUGAGUAGUUUUGACCAGUUAUGGCCUCAGGAUGCUGUGUAGAUUGUAAGAUGCAAUUCAAUAGUGUGGAAGCCACGGGUGUAUGCAAUACAGAUUCUGUAAUAAGAAAAGCAUGGGAUGACUUCAAUCAGGUCUAA